GUGCCAUCCAUCCCUAGUGUGGCCCUCCGCCCAUCAUCGUCGAUCUCACCCCGCCAUUCGUCAGCAGAUUUGCGCCUAGACGGAAGACAGGAAGCCAGGUGAUGUUGUGAUCUGACUAGCGCCAUAGCCUCACCUCAAACCAAUCAACGCCACUUAGAGCUUACACGGAUCCCCUUUGACUUGGCCAUCACCCGCUCACCGAGAUAGUCCGCCGAGUGUCUUCGAUAUCAUCUGCGACAUCGAAGGGACCCCAAAAUCGACUUGGGACGCUGAAACCGAACGCUUGAGCCUGGUGUGAACAGCCUACGGGCAGAUCCUUUCCAUGACUGGCGCGGUCGGCGGCGUCCCGAAUAUCCAGUCAGUCGGUGACUUCGCACGACAACUGUACACUCGCGCUCACACUGCUGGAGCCGAAUUCGACGACCUGACUACAUCGCUCCGCAGCCUACAGAGGGCGCUCAGACACCUUCACGCCGAGGCUCAAGACCCCGACUCGCCCAUUCACCAGUCAAUCUCCGCUGGGCCCAGCAACCAGAGCGCCAUCUAUGCUAGGCAACUGACCUCCCUCGUUCAAGAUAGCAAGUCAACCCUUCAACAAGUCAACGACAUUCUCGACGCGUAUGAGCACCAGGGAACUCGUCGUAGCGCCAGAGAUGGCUUUGUGGGGGAAGAGUCAGAUGCCACAGAGAGGGCACGAAAGAUCAGAUUGAUGCAAGGAUGUGUCGCCUCCCAAAGGAUGAAGAUUGACCUCUUUCUCAACGCUCUUCAGCUGCCUAACCCAAACAAGACGCAGUUCGUGCUGGAGAGGGCAGACGAUCAGCAGCUGGAUAUGAUUGGGAACAAAGUUGACGCCAUCGCCAAUCGUUUGUUUCGGGAAAGGAACCGCCGGUCAGCCGUCGAUGGCUCUGAUGAGGACUUGUGGCAAGAUUUCAAGGCCGAGCUGGAACGGGAGGGCUUUUCGUCCGAUGUGCUGAGGGAGAACAAGGAAGUGCUUAGGGCAUAUAUUCGUUCCCUCGAAGCCCAUGAACCACUGCGUGAUGGCACUCCCCCUUCUGUCAGGGGUUUGCUGGAAUGGGACGGUCGAACACUCUUAACAGACAACUCCGAUAGUACACCCCUUAGCAACGAAAGACGGCGACGCGGACCAACCUCCGAGUCGACCGAUUCGCCGCAGUUUCCUCGUCGUGUUCAUCCACCGGCCAUUUUUAACCAACAAUCCCAGCUAAGCUACGACCGCGGUUUUUCGACGGCUUCAUCGGAUUCGGAAGCUAGUCCUGCUUUCCAAACAGCUCUCAUCUCAACUCAAGACUUGAUUGCCCUUGACCGCUAUGGCGCCGACGGAAAUGCUUCGCGCGUGCCAUCUCUGUAUCUGUCACCUUCGAUUUCCCAAACUUACAAUAUAUCACCCGGCACAUCUCCGAGCAACAGAUACCUACCGCCCGGGGCACAGCCACUGUUGAUUCCCGGGUCAGUUGAUGCCGCGCAUGAGAGCCAGCUUUCGGUAUCCCCCGGACGUCAACCCCUUGCUAUACCUCCCCGCUACUCACAACCUUUGCCACUCCCUUCCGAGGGCUCUAGCGGUGCGUUCCCAGCGUCACCCCCACCACCAUACGGAUCUAGUCCGGUUGUUUCUCCGUCGGGGCCUACUUUCGACCUCACCGCCCUAUCAUCUUCGGCCCCCACGGCGGGAAAUGGUAUUUCCCAGCACCAAUUUCAGCGGCAAUACAGCUACCUGGCCCCUGAUGGCAGAGGUCAAGGCAUACCGCUCGAUGCCAAGUGGACAAAGAUUAAUCGCAGACUGGUAUCCCCGGAGGUGCUCCAAAGGGCCGGUGUCCGCUACGAAGCUAGGCCCACCUUUGUGGCUGUUCUUGGUGUUCUGACACGCGAACAAGUCGAAGAGUAUGCGAGGCAAAGCUCCGAGGUCCGCCGGGCGAGGAGUGCCGGCAGUUCCUUGAGGCGGGAUCAGGCGCCACGGCACCUAGAGACGUAUUCCGACCGCGAGAGAAGGCGAACAGACAGCGGUUUGGCGGGAGACGAUGACACCGACGACAUCUUUGAAGACAGCGAUACGAAUUCGUCUGAGGCUGAAGGGGCUCGCCGCAACAGAGACAGACCCGGUCGGCGUCGCAACCGCUUCACGCCGCCAAGGGAACACAGACCGAGCAGGAACCGAGACAGCGAGGAGAACGAUGACGAGCGGGGUGCAAGGCCAUAUCCCAUUAUUGUAUCACCCCCGGAAAGCGUCAACGGCGAGCGGGUAUCUCCCUCAAGUACCGUAGAGCCCAAACCGAUACUGAAGAACAAGAAUCCACACCAUGUCCGCUUCGACCGGGACGGGCCCAAGGAAAUCUCGUCGUCCGACAGCAGAAGUCGCCGCGAUAGGGUCAGAGAGCGGUAUCGCAGCGAGGCUGCGGAUAGGAGCCGGGAACGACCGCGAGACAGGGAGCGCGAACGGGAUAGGGAUCGUGAGCGUGAUAGGGAUCGUGACUGCGACAGAGAUCGGCCGCGGCGGGAAAGGUCGAAGUCCAGGGAUCGGGACCGGGACCGCGAUCACGACCGCCGCUCUUCACAAAGGCACGCCGAUCGAGAUCGAGACCGGGACCGGGACCGGGACCGAGACCGUGAUCGUGAUCGUGAGCGUGAACGUGAACGAGCCCGCGAGACUAGCGAACGCAUUGGUGGUGGAAGGAGAAGCGCGUUGAGAGAGACGGCCAACGUCAUCGGUGUUAGUGGCACCGCGGCGGCUCUGUUGAGCGUCUUGACUGAGGCCGUAAAGCACCUCUGAUGUGGAGCAUUAUGACGUGAUAUGCGGCGUACGGGGGUGUAUGCGUCCAUCAAGGAGACUGGACGAUACUGAUGAGUGGAUUUGGGAUGCCUUUAUGACAUUAUGAUACCCCAUAUUUGUUUACUCAAAACAAACAAAACCAAGGUGUUGGAUUGGGGUCUGGUGUAUUAUGGAAACGGAUGGGAUACGACUUACGCGACAUGUAACGAGUUCAAUACGAAUCUUCACGCCUGCGAAUGGUGAUAUAAAUAUAUGACUAAUGAUGCU